ACUCUCCAGGAUGAACCAUACAUUUGCCUUAUUUCAUUAAUGUAAUUCGGAACUUUACAAGGAGGACAAUGUAGUUCGAAGUACACCUGGCUAUGUGUCAGGAUAUGUGAACCUGCCUGUCCGAGGAAAGCUCUUUAUCAUCUCACAGCUUCCAUUGACAACAAUGAGUUUCCCGUCCCCGAUGAAGAUUGCCAUCGUAGGUUCAGGUGUCUCUGGUCUUGCUGCUACUUGGUUGUUGAAUGAAUUUAGUGACCAUGAAGUUCAUCUCUUCGAAGCCUCCGACCGUCCGGGUGGCCACGCCAAUACCGUCUCGUACAAGUCAGCUAGAAAAUCUGAACCAGUUGAUGUCGAUACAGGAUUUAUCGUCUUCAACCCGAGCACAUACCCCAACUUCAUCAAUUUCCUGAAGUCCUAUCCACAUCUUCGUUCUGCCAUCUUACCCACAGAAAUGACUUUCAGUGUCUCACGCGACCAAGGUGCUUUCGAAUGGGCAGGGAACAAUUUGUUCACGGUCUUCACUCAACCCUCUAGAUUGCUUGAUCCGAAAAUGUGGCGACUUCUGUAUGACGUCUUGCGAUUCAAUGCUUGUGCAAGGCAACUGGUCAUGCAUGAAUCGAAGGGAAAUGGCGCCAAACUGUCGAUUGGACAGUAUUUGGAACGCGAAGGGUAUUCGGAUGUGUUCCGUGACAACUACUUGAUCCCUAUGACAGCCGCCAUCUGGAGUACGCCUCCGGACAAAUGUGCUCUGGAUUUCCCUGCUCGUACACUAAUUCAGUUUCUGAAUAACCAUCAUUUGCUCCAAAUCACAGGCAAGCCUUCCUGGUUGACCCUUCGAGGAGGAAGCCGUGUAUACGUCGACCAGAUCAUAUCAGGCCUUCCAAAUACUCAACUGCAUCUCUCAACGCCCAUCACCUCGGCAUCCUCCACUACCUCUCAGGGCAAGAUUUCAGUAAAGCUGACGACUUCAGACGGCCAAACGGAAUCUUUCGACCAUGUUAUCCUUGCAUGUCAUUCCAACAAUACCCUUGAGCUCUUACGCGCAGGAGAUGGUGGUGCAACUUUGGAAGAAGAGAGGAUUCUAGGCGCGUUCAAGUGGAACAAGAAUGAGGCGAUUCUGCAUUCUGAUAUACGUCUUAUGCCUCGUAGCCGAAUGGCUUGGGCGUGUUGGAAUUAUCUGACAAGUUCCGCUAUGGACGAUAACGGACGGAAGAAAGCAAAUGUGAACCAAGUUGCCUUAACAUAUUGGAUGAAUGAGCUCCAGCAUAUCUCCGAGAAAGAGCAUGGUCCUAUUCUCGUGACAUUGAAUCCGCCAUUUGAACCGACUGAAAGUCUCAUCGCCGGAAGAUACAAGUACGAGCAUCCUGUCUUCGACAGUGCGGCGAUUCAUGCACAGCAAGAGAUACCUACAAUCCAAAACGUUCGAGGCAUCUCAUUCGCUGGGGCAUGGCUCAACUAUGGCUUUCAUGAAGACGGAUUCACAUCGGGCCUCCGCGCGGCCCUCGGGAUUGUAGAAGGUGAUCCUAAUAUGAAAAGGACGAUAAGACCGCCAUUCGAAGUUCAACUUGCAGACCACAAGCCACGUGCAGUACUGGCAGCAAUAGCAUUCGACUUUUUGGAGAGCACAGACUUGAGAGCGAGCCUUGGCAUUUUCCUGAGUUUCUGGAUAGCUCUCCUGAGGCGGAUUGUGGAGAUGGCGUUCGGUUGGGACUUCUCGCAUCUUGAUCAUGCGUGAGGAAGCAGUAUGACUUCUCUUCCUAUACACGUGUGAGACACCAGCCAUAGAGCACGAAGGUGGCUGUCAAGUUAUGCAUAUGCAAUUACCAACAGACCAAUGCCAAUCAAGACAUGCACAUUUAGAAAUACAAUAUAUACUUGUUG